AUGCCUACCUAUAACAUUGUUGUAUUCGGCGGCGACCACUGCGGUCCUGAAGUGACAGCAGAGGGAUUAAAGGUCCUGGACGUCAUCCAAAACAGCAACGCAGAUGUCAAGUUCAACAUCAAUCAGCAAUUGCUCGGCGGUGCCUCCAUCGAUGCCACUGGCGUUCCUCUUACCGACGAGGCCCUCAAAGCAGCAAAGGAAGCAGACGCAGUGAUCCUCGGCGCAAUUGGCGGACCAAAAUGGGGAACAGCAGCAGUUCGCCCGGAACAAGGUAUCCUCAAGCUACGCAAGGAGAUGGGCACAUACGGCAACCUUCGACCAUGCUUCUUCGCUUCGGAAAGCCUGGUCAAGACAUCGCCACUCAAGGAGGAAGUCUGCAGAGGCGUCAACUUCAACAUUGUCCGCGAGCUUACUGGUGGCAUCUACUUCGGUGAACGCAAGGAGGAUGACGGUUCUGGGUUCGCCAUGGAUACGGAGCCAUACUCGAGGGCUGAGAUUGAGCGCGUGACAAGGUUAGCAGCCUACCUCGCGCUUGCGGAGGAUCCACCACUUCCAGUCUGGUCACUCGACAAGGCGAAUGUCAUGGCGACUAGCAGAUUGUGGCGAAAGACAGUGACGGAGGUUAUGGCGAACGAGUUCCCACAGCUCAAGAUUGGUCACCACCUCAUUGACUCGGCCGCUAUGCUGAUGGUGAAGAACCCACGAGCGUUGAACGGUGUGAUCGUGACCAGCAACUUGUUCGGCGACAUCAUCAGUGAUGAAGCGUCGGUCAUUCCAGGAUCGCUUGGUCUUCUGCCAAGUGCCAGCUUGACUGCAGCGCCAGAUGGCAAGAGCAAGUGCAAUGGCAUCUAUGAGCCAAUUCACGGAUCUGCACCAGACAUUAGCGGCAAGGGCAUCGUCAACCCAGUGGCAAUGAUCUUGUCCUUGGGCAUGAUGCUCAAGUACUCGCUACAACAGCCGGAGCUCGCCAAGAAGAUAGAUGAGGCAGUUCGCAACGUGAUCGAAAGUGGCGUGAAGACUGCAGACAUUGGUGGCGAGGCCAAGACCAGUGAGGUCGGUGACGCUGUCGCUGCCGAGCUGAAGAAGUUGCUAUAG